UUACAACAGCCCGAGUGAGCGCGUGUUUUUGUGUUAGAGAACAAUAGUGCUUCGAAUUCCGAAAUGGAAGUACUUAAGUUGAUAUUUUUAUUAUUUGUGAUUUCUCCGUUAAAAGCCGCUACGGUUUCUCAAUGCGAUGUUGUGCCCUUAGCACAAUGGGGCGGUUCCGAAUCAAAUCGAAAAACAGAACUGUCGAAACCUGUAAAUCUAGUCAUAAUACAACACACGGUCAGCCAAGAAUGCUACACUGACGAUGACUGUGAAAGGAUAGCCAAUGGGAUCAGAAAUUACCAGAUGGAAAUAUUGAAUUACGACGACAUUGGUCAAUCGUUUCUGAUUGGUGGUAACGGUAAAAUUUACGAAGGUGCGGGGUGGCGAGUCGGUGCACACACAAGAGGAUACAAUGACAGAUCUAUUAGCUUGUCUUUCAUGGGCGAUUUUAGAGAUAAAUUACCGACACCUCAAGCCUUACAGGUAGCUGAAGAUUUUCUGAACUGUGCGGUUUAUAAGAAUGAUUUAGCCAUGAACUACUAUCUCGUUGGUCACCAGCAGCUAACUUUCACUCUAAGCCCUGGCGCCGCGUUACAGAACCUCAUACAAAGCUGGCCUCAUUGGGUGAAGGAUGUUAGCCAAGUUUAAAAUGGAGAGGGAACAUUCGAUAUUUGUCAUAAAA